UAAAGCGUGUGGUUUUCAUUUAUUUUUUCAAUAAAUUCAGUUCAAUUAUUGCCUCCGUUGUGAAAUUUGUGGACAGUUGUAAUGACAAUUGUUAAUACUGCUUCGAGUUGACACUAUGGAGGUCAAAGUACUGCCGAGUCCUUACUGGAGAGGAGGAAAUAUCUUCGGAGGAAGUAUCUUUUAGGGUGGAAGAAGUUGAUGGAGGUUAGUGCUAGAACUGAAGGGUCCGGAGUGCACGAAGGCGAGAAGAAAUGAGUUGGACGUGACACAAUGACAUGAUGAAGAGCCUGGUGGGGAUCAUGUGGAUAGUGUUGGUGCUCAUAUCAGGAUGCUCAGGAAAUCCGGAUGCGAAGCGAUUGUACGACGACCUCCUGUCGAAUUACAACAAGCUGGUUCGUCCAGUGGUCAACGUCACAGACGCCCUCACCGUUAAAAUCAAGCUCAAACUCUCGCAGUUGAUCGAUGUUAAUCUCAAAAAUCAAAUCAUGACGACGAACCUCUGGGUCGAACAGUCAUGGUACGAUUACAAGUUAAAAUGGGAUCCAAAGGAAUAUGGUGGGGUGGAGAUGUUGCACGUGCCAUCCGAUCAUAUAUGGAGGCCCGAUAUAGUUUUGUACAACAAUGCCGACGGUAAUUUCGAGGUGACGCUGGCAACGAAGGCGACGCUGAAUUACACAGGGAGGGUCGAAUGGAAGCCACCGGCCAUAUACAAGUCUUCCUGCGAGAUCGACGUAGAAUAUUUUCCCUUCGACGAGCAGACGUGCGUCAUGAAGUUCGGCUCGUGGACUUACGAUGGCUUCCAGGUCGAUCUGCGACACAUUGACGAGAUCGAUAACAGCAACGUCGUCGACAUUGGCGUCGAUCUGUCGGAGUUUUACACUUCCGUCGAGUGGGACAUCCUCGAAGUCCCAGCCGUGAGGAAUGAAAAGUUUUACACGUGCUGCGACGAGCCCUACCUCGACAUCACGUUCAACAUCACCAUGAGACGGAAGACUCUGUUUUACACCGUCAACCUUAUAAUACCGUGCAUGGGCAUCUCGUUUCUCACGGUGUUGGUCUUCUAUCUGCCAAGCGACAGUGGCGAGAAGGUCAGCCUAUCAAUUUCGAUUCUACUGUCGCUGACUGUGUUCUUCCUCCUGCUGGCCGAAAUUAUCCCGCCCACAUCGCUCGUGGUACCGCUUCUCGGUAAAUUCGUCCUUUUCACCAUGAUCCUAGACACCUUCAGUAUAUGCGUAACCGUGGUAGUCCUCAAUGUUCACUUCCGGUCGCCACAGACGCACGUGAUGGCACCGUGGGUCCGUCGUGUUUUUAUCCAUGUUCUGCCAAGACUACUGGUGAUGCGCAGGUAUAAUACGUCUUCGAAGAGAUCCAAUUACGAUUCCAGGCCGCAGUACCAGAUAGACAAACGUAGCAUGAGUGGCCAUCACGGCCAACGUGUGAUGGUCAGAACGUGCAACGGCCUCGAGUUACGAGACCCGUCUCUCUUUGUAGAGACCUCGGCCUCGGAGCUGGUCGAGUCCUCCGUUUUGUUCCCGAGUCUCGAUUCGCGGGACGAAUUACACCCUCGGGAAUUAGAAGCUGUGAAUUUAGGAAGCGCGUGUCGCAUUCACGGUUCACCAGCGGCCACGGCUGCUCCUCCACCGCAACUGCCGACCGAGGAGAGCGUGGACGCUCUCUGCAACACUCUUCAUCAUUGGCAUCACUGCCCAGAACUGUACAAGGCUAUCGAAGGGAUCCGUUUCAUCGCUGACCAUACGAAGAGGGAAGAGGACUCUACCAGAGUCAAGGAAGAUUGGAAGUACGUCGCGAUGGUGCUUGACAGGCUAUUCCUGUGGAUUUUUACACUAGCUGUGUUCGUUGGCACGGCAGGCAUCAUCCUGCAGGCACCAACGCUGUACGACGAUCGCACGCCCAUCGACGUGCGGCUGUCCGAGAUCGCUUCCACCACUGCCAAGCCACAAAUCUUCACAAGCCUCUGAGAGACAAUUUGUUCAAUUUCGUUACCCUCACGCAUCGCUCACGUGCGUUACACACCGUACAUACGUAUACAAUGUACUACGCAACAACGUAAGAACUAAAACUAUGAAACUAUGAGUUGCAAGCAUUGGACAUCCCCCAUGGGACAUUCACAUUUGCGAACGAUACAUUCACUGUGCUGUCAAUCAUUCCAUGAUGGUACUUAUAGGUUGUACGGAAAGUCUGUUAGCUGUUAAAUCGACAUCGAUGACCUUCGAUCGCCAUUUUGCUAGAUCCGAAGGGGCCUGGUAAUCUAGUCCUAUCAUCGUAAUAUACUUUCAUAUACUUUCGUCGCUUGACUUGAUAUCGGAUCGACUCGUUUGAUCGGGUGUUAGUUGUUUCAUUCUCGCGGAUUCAGGCGAUCGUUCGUUUUUAUCGAGAGGGGAGAUUGAUUGAUUGGUUUGUAAUAACGAUAACGAUCAAGUAUGUAUGUACGUUUCGAGUAAGAUACAUUGGCAAACGUGUCCCCCAGGUGUUGUUCGAUCUCAUUCGAAUUGAAACAGAGGUUUCCCUCGUCCUUGGCGUAAAACGACUGAAAGACUGAAGCCUCGGUGAAUGAAAGGGAAAGAGAGUCUUCGACUUUUCGGCGUCGUGUUGCACGACUGGCGGCCAAUUAACUGCGAACACAGUUCCCUGCUCAAGGCGAGGAUUUCUCGAAUCAUACGCACAUCAACGAUCAGAAUACGCUAGGAAUAAACGCUAAUGAACAUGAACGGAUAUUAUAGACGAGACGGGAGCGAGGUGUAAAUUGUCAUUAAAUGUAUUUCUUGGCACCUGGUAGCACUCUCUGGAAGUGUCGCGUCUCCAAACGACGACCACGACACGUUUUUCUGUUCUGUUACCAACGGUGAAAACAUACAUGAACAAACACGAGAAUGCGAGAGGCAAGAAAUAUAUUUUUGCAUGGAGCCGUGCGUUGAAAGCAAACGGUUUUAUUAUACGCGAGGUGAUCAAGCUGUCGAGGACGUGUACGCAACGUAGAAUUAAAAUACGGAGAGACGUAAAAGGGGCUCGAUUUUAUGCCAGUUGCAUAAUUGUGAUUCUUCAACGGUGUAAAUUACAUUCGAGAACAACAGUCAUAACAUUAAUUCAUUAUUUAAUUGUUGAAAGGGACACUGAAUGUUCCCUUGAAGGACACAUUUUUUUUUUUUUUUGCCAUUCGAUCGCAUUGAGGUGUUGUCGUGUUUCGAUUCGCGAGGAAAAACGAAAGAGUGGGACCGACGAAUGUUGCAUUUUAGACACGACGUAGUUUCGAAUCGAUCUAAAAAAAAAAAAAA